GUGAACUGUCCGAGAGGCAGCUGACUUCAACUGUGUCUCCUGUGUCAAGGGCACAGCACAUAGCAACAAACAACAAGAAGCCCCGGCAACCAUCGUGCUUCCUACUGGGUUUACAUCCGUUAUGUGAACUGAUAUACACACCCGUCCGUCCCUAUCUGGAGAAGUGCUUCGGCCCUAUCUGAGCGAAGUUCCUGGCCGCCCUGCAAACCUCACCCCUGCUUCAUCGAGAGUAAGCAGCAUGGGUCUCGCUGCAGCCGGCGGUGCCAGCAGCCGACGCCGCUGGGGCGGCGGCGUCAGCGAGUCGGAGGCGUCGAAGGCCGAGUGCGGCAGUUCCAGCGGCCUGGACCUGGCAGACAGCGGGCUGAGCCUCGCAGACGGGCCGCCCACAGAUGCGCAGGGCCUGGAGGAGCCACGGCGCACAGGCACCACCUUCACAGCGCUGAUGCAUGUGCUUACCGCUGUCAUCGGCGCUGGCGUGUUGGCGCUGCCAUACGCCGUGGCGAUGCUGGGCUGGGUGGCGGGGCCACUGUGCAUCAUUUGUUUCGGGGCACUCACUCAAGUUUGCUCGGUGCUGCUGGCAGACUGCUACAUCAUCAACGGCAAGAUUAACCGCACGUACAGCGAGUGUGUCGCAGCGACCUUCCGCCCGUGGGCAGUCACCACGAUUGGCAUCAUCCAACACGUCAAUUUGGUUCUCGUCACGUGGGCGUACGCCAUCACCGCCCCGCAGUCGCUGCAGACCAUCGCUCGCUCCAUAUGCAGCGAGGCCGGCUGGAGCAGCUGCUUCACAAACUACAAUUGGUGGGCCAUCAUCUUUGGCGGCUCGCAGCUGCUGAUGGUGCAGAUGCCCGACAUUGAUCACCUCAAGUACAGCUCCAUCAUCGGCGGCCUCAUGUCCUUUGGCUACUCCGGCAUCGCCGUGGGGCUCAGCGCCGCAGAAGGUGCGCAGCCUUGCAGCGGCAUCGAUCGAACCCAUAUGCGUGCCCUGCCGCGCUGGCCAGCGUUUCAUUCCUGGGCUCCCCCAUCUCUGCAGGUGCUCAAUGCGAUAGGUGCAAUUCUUUUUGCCUUCAACUUCAGUAUUCAGCUCGUGGAAAUCCAGGAAAGAAGAGCCGGCCGACCGGGCCCGGUGGCCAGCAUGCGCCGUGCCAUCCUCGUCGCCGUAUGCAUCAUGACCUCCAUCUACAUUGCGGUGGCGUGCUCUGGGUAUGCCGCCUUUGGCGACGAGGUGGCCGGCUCCAUCAUGAUGGCCUUCACCACGCCCAUGUGGCUGGUUACCGCGGGGAACCUGAUGGUGGUCAUUCAUGUGGGGCCCGCCUACCAAAUUUGCCUGCAGCCUACCCUGCUUUUUCUCGAGGACAAGAUGGUGCGGUGGAGGCGCAACCCGGGCUGGAACAAGGUGCUGCCUCCCGCCCAACCGCCCGCGCCGCCCAGCCACCCAUUUCCUGCCCUCCCUCAGGGCCUGCUCAUGCGCCUCUGGUUCCGCUCCAUGUUUGUCGUGCUCAUCACCUUUCUCGCCUGCCUUAUGCCCUGGUUUGGCACCAUCAUCGGCCUGUCUGGGGCGCUGUCCUUCUGGCCCGCCACCGUGGCCUUUCCGGUCGAGAUGUGGCUGCGGGUGCGGCAGCCGUCGCCGGGCAAGCGCCGCUGGCUGCGCUGGCUCAGCCUGGCAACCCUGGUCAUCACCUUUGGGGUCCGUGGUGGGGUCCGUGGAGCAGGUGGUGGAUGGGCGGUCCACAUUCGACCUGUUAUCGGGGGCCUAGGCAGGCUGUCUGCCGGGACCGCAGCUGCCUGUUUUUUUUAAAGGACUGAAUGUUUAUAUUGUAUGUUUGAUGUUGCGUGCUGCGUGCGGAGCCCUUGAGACGGCGGGUCUCAAGGGCGGAGCCCUCCCUCUCCCAGGCAUUCUUCCCCCGGGGGCCUGGCCAGCUGUAAGCAGCAGCCAGCAGCCCGCCAGGCGGCUACCAACUCCCUAGUUUUCUGCACCCAUCCACCACAUGCAGGUGUGGCCCAGCACCCACUGGCAGUCAGCGGUAGCGCCCAGCGGCGGCUUGCAUGCACCCUGUGGCUUGCGUUUUGGCCCCCGGUGGUACCCUUCCUGUAUCGACUCUUAGAACUCCGGCCGGCUACGUCUUUCCUUCGGGCGAGACGGCGGGUCUCAAGUGCGGAGCCCUGAGGGGCCUCAAGGUUGACACAGCUGAAGCCAGCUGCGUCUCGGACAGCCCACACUUCAGCAC